CACAAAUACUCUCCACUUCCAAUCGACAAUUCAACCUCCACCAUGCGUCUUCCCAUGCUCCUCACUCCCCUCCUCGGCUCCGCCCUCGCCAUCGUCGCGGCAGCCCUCCCCCAAGCAGCAGACACCUCCUCGGACCGCCGCUCCUGCGGCAUGAUCUUCAAUGGUCUUGGCCCAAAUUUCCUUCUGCAGAACCGCGGCAAGAAAACCUGCACCCACAUGGAUCUCUACGAUCAUCACGUUUCCGCGCUGUCCUACUGGGUCGUCGACUUCUGCACCUGCAGUUUCUUCUAUGACUCCAAGGGCUGCCGCUUUCCUUACUUCUCGGACGUGACUAAGGGUCCGAGUCGGGGCCUGUUCAAUAAUGGCAAGGUGGGGUAUUAUUACUGCUGGGACCAUACGAAGGAGUAGGAGGUGCGGAGGCGGUAGAGGCUUGGGUAU